CGCCCUCCUGGCCGGCCGCCCGCCCCGCCUCCCCGCUGCUGGCCGGUGUCCCGCUGGCCGCCCCGCAGCCCCGGUGUAUGUGCGGCAACAACAUGUCGGCGCCGCUCCCCGCCAUCGUCCCGGCCGCCAGGAAAGCGACGGCUGCCGUCAUUUUUCUUCAUGGAUUGGGAGAUACCGGGCAUGGAUGGUCAGAAGCGCUUGCAGGUAUCAAAAGCCCCCAUGUGAAAUACAUUUGCCCACACGCGCCAGUUAUGCCAGUUUCUUUGAACAUGAACAUGGCUAUGCCGUCAUGGUUUGAUAUCAUUGGACUUUCUCCAGAUUCACAGGAAGAUGAAGUUGGGAUCAAGCAGGCAGCGGAGAAUGUUAAAGCACUGAUAGAUCAAGAAGUAAAGAAUGGAAUUCCUUCUAAUAGAAUUAUUCUGGGAGGCUUUUCUCAGGGAGGUGCUUUAUCAUUGUAUACAGCUCUUACAACACAGCAAAAAUUAGCAGGUGUUGUAGCCCUCAGCUGUUGGCUUCCUCUACGGUCUUCUUUUCCUCAGGGCCCUCUCAGUGGUGUCAACAAGGAGAUUGCUGUUCUUCAGUGCCAUGGGGACUGUGACCCACUGGUGCCUUUAAUGUUUGGUUCUCUCACUGUUGAGAAGCUAAAGAGUAUGAUAAACCCAGCCAAUGUAACCUUCAGAACUUACUCUGGCAUGAUGCAUAGCUCAUGUAUUGAGGAGAUGAUGGAUGUAAAACAGUUCAUCGACAAACACCUACCUCCUGUAGACUGAAAUGAUAUGUGAGAAGCCUUCUAUAUAAAUACACCAGCAUCAACUGUGGUAGAGCGUUAAUCUUCUCAUAGGCCUGACAGGAACAUUACUUCUAUACCUGCAGUGUUAUUACUGUGUUGCAAAUUUAUACUUAGGAUGGGGAUUAAAUAAUACACAUGUACAAUAAAUUAUAAUCUUUUUAGUGUUAAUCAUCCACUGGUGGAACUAUCUGAAUAAGGCAGCUAGGUGACAAUGACAGAAUGUAACCUAAGCAUAAUGUUUUAAGAUGUCUGAUUUUUUUUUUGAUUGCAGAGUUUUAAACUAUUUGUACAAGUAAUUAAAAGCUCAGUUGAAGCACGCAACAUAAAUGUGACCGGUUUAGUUAUACUUGAGACAUGAUUUGUUCUUAAUACUCAUUGAAAACAUAUUAAAACAUUUAUUUUGUGUAAUGGGUAAAUAAAGUAUGCAAUAUGUAACAUAGUGGGCAUAUGAUGGUAUAAUAAAUGUUACCAAGGACAAAGCUUUAAUAUUAAAUGUUAAUUGUUACUCCAGGUAAGGAAGGUUGUUCUAGAAUGGCUAGAAGUCAGCAAAGAUCGAAGGUAUUUCUUAUAUUUAAACCACUUCAAUUUUUAACUGUUUUCAUAUAGGUAGAUAUUGUGGAAAUUCUAAAGGGACUCAUUCCUUGUUAGAACAUCAUUUGUUGCUUAUUGUCCUUUUUUUUUUUUUUGAUGACUGUAAACUCACAUCAAAUGCUGACUUGGAACAGGAUUCUGAAGAAGCACAUAGGAUUAAUUUGAGUUUCAUUUUAAAAUGUUUUCGUACUGAAUAUUCUUGUGCCUUAGUCUCUGUAGCUUUCAUUGUUGUAGAAAUGUUGAUAUAUUUCACACAAGCAAUUCCAGCAUGUAGUUUUGAUUUUUUCUGUCUGCUUUGGAGUAACUAACUGAAAACAAUGCAGCUGUGUAGUUUUGUGUAUUGUAAGUCUCAUCUGUAACACCGACAUUGACUAAUUUGAAUUAUUUUAAUAGAAAUAAAAGGGCAGUUGGGAUAUAGCUUAACCUUUAAAUUGAUAGCAUCUAAUACUUUCUUUUAUUGCAUGUUGAGACUUGAUUUUUUUCUGAAAAAGAACAAAGAAUUUUAUUUCCAAAUACAUCAUUCUCCAUUUCCCUAGAUCAGUAUAGCCUAGGAAUAUGAAAGCCUGCUAUGGGGGGGGAAAAAGUCAAUCUAAAAGAUACAGAAUGUAUCUUCUUUCAGAAGCUUAAAAUUCUAGAACGCACUGGGUUACAGAACUUGAUGCACACUCAAGAGCUUUUUGCAGUUAAGAGCCAUAAUUUACUUCUGGAAACAGCUGCUGUUCUGUAGAGUUCAGAUGCCGUCACCACACUAGGAAUGUUUAAAAAAUAUGCUGCGUAACGAUGUUCAAUACUAAUAAUAUGUUGGCAAGCAAAGAAUAUUCCUAUUUUGGAUGCGUCUGUUGUGUCAGCACUGUGCUUUAUACCUGCAUUUAAGGUACUUUCUCCUCUCCCAGCUUAAUCCUCUUAAGGUGUAUAUGGAUUUGUGUCCGAGGCAUCUGCCAGUACAAAUGCAUAAAUGGGGAAUUACGCCUUUAUGUCCCUUCUUUAACAUGGCUGCUGCCAGAAAUCUGACUUGUUCACAUAGUGUGAGUCCUCAGUUUUCAGUGCAUUUUUUGAUAUGUAUUGCACUUCAUUUUUUGAAAGCUGUUUUUCUUUUCUAAUCCAGUUUCUCUGGGUUAUUAAACACCUCUUAAUAUGUAAAACUGAAAAGGAGGGGUUUUUUUUCUAAAUGAUGUUGAAACACUUCUAGAUACUCCAUCUGUGUGUUUUAGAGGGCAUGUCUAUUAACUUUGAAGUUUAAUUAGUCUUUUCCCUCAGUCACUCUGUUCUAUAGGUCUGCCAAUUUGUCUUUCAGUUAAUUUAGUUCACAGAAGAAACCAUAAUAUUCUUAUUGUAGUUGUGCCAAAGUUCUAUUGAGAAACCACUAUGCCCUGGCUUGGAGUCGUUCCCAAAUUGCAUUAGCUGAUUUUGCAGUCCUGCUGAAUUGCAAACUUGGUAAGCAGACUGUACGUUAUUUUUCCUAGUUUUUAGAUUUAUCCUCAUUCCCCUGGUGUCUAAAUAAUCCCCUGAAUAUUGGCGUGUUGCCAAAGUUCUGCACAAGCUGCUAAUUUUUCCUUUGUUUUCCUGCUCUGUUUGUAAACUUUAGAUAAUCCUGUUCAGCUGUUUUGUUCAACUUCUAAUUGACUAUGUGCUCAUUUCAUAUAUUCUUUCUUCUGUUGGAAUGAGUAUAAAGAAUAUUUCUAAGGUGUUAAAAUGAGAUUAGUCCUAGCUUUAUUGUAUGUUACUUUCUUCGUUUGGUGAAGAAUCUCUGUUCACAGAUUGUGGUCAGUUUCUAGUACUUAAGUAUUUUAACCCAAGUCAGCUUCAACUGUUGUCUCCAUGACGCUUUCAGAUGUUUUUCUAGAAAUACUUUGUGCUAACUUUCUUCAAAUAUUCAGUUGUUAUAACAAGAUUUUCUUCACACUGUUGUUUUGCUGGCUUGCUUUAUCUGCAAAGAGCUGUGUUACCAAAGUAAACGUUGUGACUUACUCUGAGUUUCUGUAUUCUAGGAAGAACUCUUCCCCUCGGGUUGUUUUUUUUUGCAGGGGUAUAGGAGUACAUUGUAGUUGGAGGUUGUUAAAAAGCCCAGAAGCUAGAGGAAACUUGAAGGAUGUAUUUGAAGCCUAUGUGUCUCCUCCCAGAUUACAGCAUAUAUCUUGAGCUCCUGUCUCUUGUAACUUCACAGCUACUUGGAAAGCUGCGUGUAUAAUCUUAUAGCUGAACUUCUUCACUACCUGAAGUGAUUUGAUACUGGGAUUGUCAUAAUUGCAUAUAUUUUUAGGCUGAAUGAUAGUUCAGCCUGGUGUGGGGGAUUUAAUAAUAUUCUAUUAAAAUGGAGAAGUUGGACUGUCAGUGUUCUAAAUGUGAUUGUCCUAUCCUCAUAAACUACAAUUUGAAACUGUCCAAUAAUUAAGUUUAAUUUUUGUAAUGUGAGACUUUCCCCCGAAAGGUCUGUCAAACCUACAAAAGCAUCGAUACAAAAAUACCUUGCUUGCAGAUCAGUUUGUUUCAAUGAGUAUCUAACUCCUUAGUGUGUUUUUAAUUUCAAAAUGGUACUUAAAUUUGCCUGCAGCUUUGUGCAGUCAGAAGUCUGGCUUCUUGUUGAAAUACGUUGCCCACCUGUUAACAAACAUGUUGAAUGUGUAUUGUAAGCCAAAUCUUCCAGCCAUUCUUGAAGUAAAACUGUACUGGGGUCUGUACUGUGGUGAGGGCUGUAUAAUUUGGUCUCUUCCUAUCUUGUAUAAUUACAACACAGUAGAUUGGUAAAAGUACUGUACACUGUAACUGGUAUUGGAACUGUUAAUUAAAACAUGUUCUCUCUAAUGGAGUAUACUGCACUUCAUUGAAAUCAUUAGGAUGCAUCUUUUAUGUAGAGGUGCUAUUUGUGUUGACGGACGUGACUGAGAACAGUGUAAGAUGCUAAUGAAGCCAUAUGUACAAGGCCUGUGUAUCUUAAAUUUGAUAAAGAAAUACUGAACACUUA